AUGGCCACCGAAAACCCCUUGGAGGAUCGCAUCUCCUCUGUUCCCUUUGCGGAACAAGGUCCCAAAUGGGAUAGCUGUUGGAAAGAUGCCUUGACACCCUGGGACCGCGGCACCGCUUCCAUCGCUCUUCACGAUCUCCUCGCUCAAAGACCCGACCUUGUGCCACCCUCUCAGCACCAGGACCAUCGCGGACACCCUCUCCGAGACGCCGCAGGUGCUAUCCAGAAGAAAACCGCUCUAGUACCCGGCUGCGGCCGUGGUCAUGACGUGCUGCUCUUGAGCUCGUGGGGCUACGACGUUUGGGGUCUCGACUACAGCGCUGCUGCCAAAGAGGAAGCCAUCAAGAACCAAAAACAAGCCGAAUCAGAAGGUCUCUACAUGCCUAUCGACGGCUUAGAUAAAGGCAAGAUUCACUGGGUCACCGGCGAUUUCUUCACGCAAGAUUGGUCCAAGGGUGCCGGUGAUGACGGCAAGUUUGAUCUCAUCUACGAUUAUACGGUAAUUCUGCGUCCUUCGACCCCAGCUCUUUUCCUGUGCGCGCUGCCCCCAGAUGCAAGGCCAAAAUGGGCCAAGCGCAUGACAGAGCUGCUUUCCCAUGAUGGUCGUCUCAUCUGCCUCGAGUUUCCUUCGACAAAACCCAUGUCCGCCAACGGUCCCCCGUGGGGCGUUUCCCCUGAGCUUUACGAAGCCCUUCUAGCAGCUCCGGGCGAAGAAAUCGCAUACAACGACGACGGUACUGUCCACGAGGAUCCUUGCUCAAAACCUUGGGCCGAUGCCCUACAUCGACUGAGUCUCCUCAAACCAACAAGGACACACAAGGCCGGCAUGAGUCCAGAAGGCGCAGUUAUGGACUUCCUCUCUGUCUGGAGCCGAUAG